AUGACAGCUACUACUUCAUCACAGCCAGCUUUCUCGCCGGACCAAGUCUCCGUAAUCUUCGUUCUAGGAGGGCCUGGUGCAGGCAAAGGUACCCAGUGUGAAAGACUAGUUAAGGACUAUUCCUUUGUCCAUUUGUCGGCUGGAGAUCUUCUACGUGCUGAACAGAACAGAGCCGGCUCCCAAUACGGAGAAUUGAUCAGGAACUGCAUCAAGGAAGGCCUGAUUGUUCCUCAAGAGAUCACUUUGGCACUAUUGCGCAAUGCUAUCUCAGAGAACGUCAAGGCCAACAAGCGUAAAUUUUUAAUUGACGGAUUCCCUAGGAAAAUGGAUCAAGCCAUUUCCUUUGAAAGGGACAUUGUCGAAAGCAAAUUCAUCCUGUUCUUCGACUGCCCCGAAGACAUCAUGUUGCAGAGACUAUUGGAGCGUGGCAAGACUAGUGGUAGAAGCGAUGACAAUAUCGAGUCCAUUAAGAAGAGAUUCAAUACUUUCAAGGAUACAAGCAUGCCUGUUAUCGAGUACUUUGAAACCAAAUCUAAAGUCGUCCGUGUCCGCUGCGACAAAUCUGUGGAAGACGUGUACAAAGACGUUCAAGACGCUAUCCGCGAUAGAUUAUAG